GUUAUAAUACAGGGUGACAAAAGCGGCGGCCUUUCCAUAGAAUAUUUUCGUUGGAAAAGUGUUAAGAUAUCGAGGACAACAUGAAUGAAGUGCUCAAUGCGAAAUCUGCCGGCGGUCCGCCGCUGCAGCUGUUCAACUGCACACACGCGGGUUGUGGAGCGACUUUUACCAAACAGUGGAGACUGAAAGAGCAUGACACUGUGCACACUGGAGAGCGUCCGUGCCAGUGCACAAUUGCAGGCUGUGAGCGUCGUUUCUCAAGAAAAUCCCACCUGCGCCGCCACAUGCUACAGCACAGAGGGGUGAAGCAGUUCAAAUGCAAAUUCGCCACCUGCACAAAGAGUUUCUUCGACGCAGGCAAAAUGAAGAGACAUGUACGCUACGCCCACGAAGAUAAAAACAAGUAUUUCAAGUGUAGUCAGCCGAACUGCACCAUGACCUUCAAAAAGCGCAGAAUGUUUAAACUGCACUUAAAGGAGCAUGAAGUGGCUGCUAAAUUCAAGUGUUUGAAGGACGGAUGCGCUGCCACGUUCGACUCCCAUAUCGCCCGCAAAGCCCAUGAGAAGAAGCACGCAGGUUACCGCUGCCCUCAUGCUAACUGCCAGGUCCUUGAACACACCUGGGGGAAACUUCAGAAGCACAUGGCCAAACAUCCAGCCACAUUCACGUGCCAAGUGUGUAAGAAGGUGUUUAAGAAAGCUGACGCUCUGCGGCGGCACAAACGGAUCCACGCUUCCCACAAGCCUGUGCUGGUUUGUCCCAGGGACAACUGCAAGGCCUACUUCUCUACAACCUUUAACCUGCAGCACCACAUCCGCAAGGUGCAUCUUGAGCUCCUCAAAUUCAGAUGCUCUUUCCCCGACUGCUUACGCAUGUUUGCUAUGCGGGAAAGUCUGACCAGACACCAGCUUCGCCAUGACCCAAGUGCCACCACUCGCAAGAAACGUCGACGGCCUAAGAAGUCCUGGCAGAAGCGUUUGGAUGGACACCAUCUGCCACUGGUGGAGGAAAACUUGCGUCGCCUCUUCGCCCUGCGCAUGCGGAUCUCCCGACGUGCUAAAGUGGAAACCAACCUCUCAGGCCUCUUCAAUGAACGGAAGAUCCCUCAUUAUGUUGACCCAGAAGUCAACCUGCGCAGUCUGUUUGGUAUCAAACAGCCUCGUCCUUUAGAGAAGCCUGAAGUUGCACCAGUACAAGGUUAAUUAAAAAUCCAUCCAGACCAGCUGUGAAUUUUGAUUGUUUGAACUUCCUGGAAUUUGUGCAGGCUUAAGUUGGUCUAUUUCAUUUUUGAGAAAUUAUAAAUUGGGUCUCUUUGAGUUUUUUAAUGUAGUUGAUAUACAUUAACAUUUGAAUCUCAAAGUAAUUAUUUGUCACUUUGACACAUUGCUUAGGAUGUUGAGCUUUUGAGAAUUUCAAAGAUUGAAUUAUAGUUUUUGAAGACAACAGGUCUUAAUCGAAAUGCAUAUUUUGUAAAAUGAUACUUGUUGACCCAAUAAAAUGAUUUGCAUGUUGAUCAAAGUCCACUGUA